CACACACUCACCGCUCUGACAAACACACCAUGCGUACCUGUGAGGAGCUAUUCUACCACCCCACGCUGGAUUUUACUCAUGCAUCUGGUUGAUAGAGACGCAGACAACUUUGUGGAAGGAUAUUCUGACCUGCUGAGAUUUGAUUGUUUUUUUUUCUCCCCGGUGCUGUUUUAUUGAACGGUUGAACGCCGUGCAAAGGCUUUAGAAGAGGAGGCUGUGCCAUGACAGUGGACCUUUGACUUUAAGCCAAGAAACCCAACAGCUCUUUGUAUUUGUGUCCUGUGUGAACUGGAGUCACUGUCCAACCAUGAGGAGCAGCUCUCAUGUCCUGCCUCUUGGUGUGCUCACUGCUCUGCUGUUGUCUCAGGUCUGCUCUGGCAUCAAAUGGCUAGCGCUAUCACAUAUGCCUACAUCUUUACACAUCAACCAGACCCAACACUGUAAGAUGCUGCCCGGCCUGGUGUCCUCCCAAGCUCAGCUGUGCCGCACCAACAUGGAGCUUAUGCAAACCAUUAUCCAAGCUGCCCGCGAAGUCAAGAAAACAUGUCAGAAGUCCUUUUCUGAUAUGCGUUGGAACUGCUCCUCCAUAGAGAUCCCUCUUGAAGCCCCGAAGUAUCGGCCAGACCUCGACCGAGGAACACGCGAGUCUGCAUUUGUCUACGCCCUGUCUGCAGCAACCAUCAGUCACACCAUAGCACGGGCGUGCACCACUGGAGAUUUGCGGCUGUGCUCGUGUGGACCAAUUCCUGCAGAGAUCCCAGAGCCUGGCUACCGCUGGGGAGGCUGUGCUGACAACCUGCACUACGGUUUGCUUAUGGGCUCCAAGUUCUCUGAUGCUCCCAUGAAGAUGAAGCGCUCAGGCUCGCAUGCCAACAAACUGAUGCACCUACACAACAGUGAAGUUGGGAGACAGGUGUUGAGAGAGGCGAUGGUGAUGAAGUGUAAAUGUCAUGGUGUAUCCGGCUCCUGCUCCAUAAGGACCUGCUGGAGAGGCCUGCAAGACCUGAGGGAGAUCGCCAUGGACCUGAAGACUAAAUACCUGUCUGCUACCAAAGUGGUUCACCGGCCCAUGGGGACACGCAAGCAGCUGGUGCCCAAAGACAUUGACAUCAGGCCAGUGAGGGACAACGAGCUGGUCUACCUGCAGAGCUCCCCGGACUUCUGUACCAAGAAUGACAAACAGGGCUCUGUGGGCACACAGGACAGGCAGUGCAACAAAACCUCGGUGGGCAGUGACAGCUGUGACCUAAUGUGCUGUGGACGUGGCUACAACCCGUACACAGAGAAGCUGGUAGAGCGCUGCCACUGCAAGUACCACUGGUGCUGCUACGUAACCUGCAAAAAGUGCGACCGGAUCGUGGAGAGAUACGUCUGCAAAUGAGUCUGUGCCGCUGUCAGCCUCACCUGCUGUCCUCUACUUGUACCAAGCCACCCAAGGCUACAGAUUAACCAAAGCACUACAGUACUGAGAAGGCUUACUUUUGUCUUAAGCUUUAGCAUGUUUAUUUCAAACAAGAAGUCGUCUAUUCUUGUGUCAGUAUCAUUUUUGUAUUGAAUCUUCAAAACCGCUUCACAAGCCUGAGCGUGGAGUGUGGUGACAGUGCCAGUCGGUUUAUGUGAAGACCGCCGUCCUCCUGGGUAUUUUCUUUUUCUUGUUAAUGAUCGUAAAUUCCCCCAACAGGGAUACUGAAAGUCUAUUUUAUUAUAUCUCUAAUAAAAAGAAAUAAUAUUGGAUUUUAUGCUGCAGGAGAGGGAUUGUCUUCUCUUCUCUCUAGACAGAGACUUAAUGUUUGGCUUCAUUCCGAGGAAAUCGAAGGGUUCUGAUGGAUUCGUGUGGUACUUUUUUUUAGGUACUAUUGAUACUUUUUCUCUCUGCAUCAAUGGACAAAAGAGGAAAAAGGAACACAAAGGGAACUUCAAGUACUUUUCAAUCAUGGAACAUUUUUUUGUGGUUGAUAUUUUGGACUCUCACCAUGUGUCCUGCGUGGAUCUUCGCAUGGGUCAUGUCUGCAUCCCUGUGGAUCGAGAGGAGAGAAUUAAGGACUUUUCAGUUUGUGAAUUGGUGCAUUAUCUCCUUUAUGUCUGACAUGCAGGCAGUUCAAAAUAUAUUCUAUUUUUCAGAGCAUAUGAGCUGAACUCAUGGAUUUUGUAAACCACUUUUGUGUGGAUGUACAUACUCUUAUUUUGUAUACUGAAAUAAAGAAAGACAUAUUUAUAAAAUAAUUAAAUGAUCUUCACCAUCA